AUGAGUGAUUCAACUAAUGACGAAGUACAAGUGCCGGAGUCCUCUUCCCCGUUAAAGCAGACUAAUGAUGAGACUACCGCAUCGCUGCUGCGCAGUCAGUUUAGCUUUACACCGGAUAAUGGGGCAAAUAACAAGCCAAAUCCAGUGGCAGGAGGUCCUAAGGGCAACCCUGAUGCUCAACUUGCGCAGUUAGCUACGGAAUUCCCUGAUUUUUCACCUACUUUGGUUCAAGCAGUGUUCAAGUCGAACUCUUUCAACAUUAAGAUGGCCAGAGAACGGCUGACGAGGAUUAGGAACCAGAGACAGAAUUGGUCAGUUAACUCUAAGGGUGGAAAGACCACUUUGAUACCUCAGACUAGCCGGUUGGGGUCCUCUAUGAGCCCAACAAACCGUUUAAACUCAAUCAAGCCAAGUGAUCCCUCAUCAAAAAUCGUGGUGGAGAAACAGCGUACGUCAAUUUUUGAUCGUUACUCCAAUGUGAUGAACCAGAAAUUACGUCCUACUAUGACCGAGUCUUUAGUGGUCGAUGACGAUGCUCUUUCGAAAUUGAGUGGAUCGAACAUUAAGAGAAGAAGACUGGUUAGAGCUGAUAAUUUGGAUAAGGAUAGAAAGGCCACACAUCUGGAUAAGGCCAAAGAGAACCUUUUAAACAUGAAGAUGAAGAAAGUCACUUCUGGUGAUGACGGUACAGCAGAAGAAGAAAUGAGUGGUGAGGAAGAUGUAAGCGGUGAAGAGUAUGAAGAGAGAACUCCAGAAAUUAAUAUUGAUGACCAGUUGCUACAGUUCUUGAAUACUGCUGAUGCGAGCGAUAUUGCGGAUCUUGGUGAGACUACUAUGGCGAAGGCCAAGAUCAUUAUAUCCAAAAGGCCAUUCUCUAGCUUAUAUGCCUUUGCACAAUUGGAAUUCAGUGAAGAGAAUGGGGAUCAUACAAAGAAGACUCCAAAGAGGACUGUCAAGAGAGCCUCUAACCAAAAGAGAGAGAGUGAAAAGUUGCUGGAGAAGGUUAACCAAAGUAUAAGAGGUUAUAACGCUAUUGACUCGCUAAUUAAGAGGUGUUCAUCGUACGGCAAUUUGAUCGCUGGUCAAAUGAAACGGUGGGGUAUAGAUUUGGAGCAUACGCAAAAUGGUGGAGAGCUGGAUUUCACUAAUAUAGAUUCUGACGAUGAUGACACUGCAGUCGUUGAGGAAUUUGAUGAGUCAGAAGUGAGUGCUACACCAACUCCAGCUCCAGAGACCAAUGUGGCCAAGUUAAAGAUUAAGAGUGAGAGUGGCAGUGAAGCGGAAGAGGACGAAGAAGAGGAAGAGGACGAAGAAGAUGCUCCAUUUGAAGAAAGUGAGGAUGAAGAAUAUGGUCAGACAAGAAAAGCUGCUUUCCCUGGCCGCAGGGGGAGACCACAGAAACGAUUGGUCAAAUUCUUCAAGGGCAGACCCAAAUUACUUGGUCCUGAUGUUCAAUUAAAGGACUAUCAGCAGACAGGUAUUAAUUGGUUGAACUUAUUAUACCACAAUCACAUGUCCUGUAUUUUAGCAGACGAUAUGGGGCUAGGUAAGACAUGUCAAGUUAUAUCUUUCCUAGCGUAUCUGAAACAGAUCAAUGAACCUGGUCCUCAUUUGGUAGUUGUUCCAUCGUCAACUUUAGAAAACUGGCUGAGAGAGUUCCAAAAAUUCUGCCCCAGUCUCAAGAUCGAACCGUACUAUGGUUCUCAACAGGAAAGAGCCGGUCUAAGAGAAAUUUUAGAGAGAACAGCCGGUCAAUACGAUGUCAUUGUGACCACUUAUAAUUUAGCUGCUGGUAACAAAUAUGACAUCUCGUUCUUGAGGGGUUGUCAUUUUAAUGUGGUCGUUUACGAUGAAGGGCAUAUGUUGAAAAACUCCCUAUCAGAAAGAUUCUCGAAGUUGAUGCGGAUCCAAGGUAAUUUCCGUCUGCUGUUAACGGGUACUCCUCUGCAAAAUAAUUUGAAAGAAUUGAUGUCGCUAUUGGAAUUCAUCAUGCCCUCGCUCUUCGAAGCAAAGAAAGAUUACCUUGCUUCCAUUUUCAAACAGCGUGCAAGAACCACAGAUGACAACAAGGGCUUCAAUCCUCUAUUGGCCCAAGAGGCAAUUAAUAGGGCCAAAAUGAUGAUGAGACCUUUCAUUUUAAGAAGACGUAAGGAUCAAGUUCUGAAACACUUGCCUGCUAAGCACAGAGUCAUUGAGCAUUGUGAAAUGAACGAGACUCAGCGUAAGAUAUACAAUGAAGAGAUCAAAUUGGUUAUGGAGCACAAACGAAUGAUACAGAAUGGUGAACUACCCGAGGACCCCAAGGAAAAAGCCAAAAUACAGUCGUCAUCUUCGAAGAACCUCAUAAUGGCGCUCAGAAAGGCAUCACUACAUCCACUCUUGUUCCGCAACCUUUACAACGACAAAGUGUUAGCCAAGAUGAGUGAUGCGAUCUUAGACGAACCUGAGUAUGCUGAGAACGGUAACAGACAAUAUAUUCAGGAAGAUAUGAGUUAUAUGACGGAUUUUGAACUGCACAAACUAUGCUGUAAUUUUCCUAACACCUUGGAAAAGUUCCAACUGCAUAACCAGGAAUGGCUAAAAUCCGGUAAGAUCGAUAAGCUGACAGAGCUCUUAAAGCACAUCAUCAUAGAGAAAAAGGAGAAAGUGCUGAUCUUUUCACUAUUUACCCAAAUCUUGGACAUCCUAGAGCUUGUACUCUCAACCCUAAACUACAAGUUCUUGAGGCUCGACGGUUCCACCCAGGUCAACGACAGACAAUCUCUGAUUGAUAAGUUCUACGAGGACGAAACGAUUCCAAUCUUUAUACUAUCAACGAAGGCCGGUGGAUUCGGUAUCAAUCUCGUGUGCGCCAACAAUGUGAUUAUUUUUGACCAAAGUUUUAAUCCACACGACGACAGACAGGCCGCAGACAGAUCCCACCGUGUAGGCCAGACAAAGGAAGUCACCAUCACCACGCUGAUAACAAAGGACUCUAUCGAGGAAAAGAUCUUUCAACUUGCUAAGAACAAGCUUGACUUGGACUCCCACAUCUCUGAAGAUGACAAGAAGUCCCAGGAACUUCUCGAAAGCAAAGUCAGCGACAUCCUGGAGGAUAUCAUCUACGAUGAAAACUCCAAACCCUGA